CGUGAGCCUAAAAAAAUCAAUUUGAUUUGCUUUGUUCUAUAGGAAUUUGUUGAGGAUGUGGAUGCAAAUGAAGACGAUGAAGCCGCCGAAGAACCCAUGGAGGAGGGGGAUGCCGACUCAACAAAUGGUGCUGUACUCGUAGAUAGCAACGAAGCGCAAGAAGAAUGGUCUGCUGAUAAAGAAGAAACCUCUUCAGCCUAAAUAGACGAUGGUAUGGUACUAAGUCAAAAUCAAACGUGCUUCUUAAAUUGCUGAGCUAUUAUUCUUGAUUCCGUGCUUUCAUGCAUGCCCAUAUGUUGGCUCCUGCCAUCUAUUGGUGUAUAGGAUAGGUCCCUGUCAGUAUAUGUUGCAGCUGCUUCGCUUUACCCUUACAAAAAAAAUUCCCUUUGGAAUAGGGUAACUUAUACCCUGAAAAUUUAUGACUGUCCAAGCUGUAGAUUAGUAAAAGGUUUGAUAAUCUCUGAUGCUCAACUACCCUAGUCACAUACUUUUCUGCCACCUGCUUGCAUCUAAGUCGUCGUUUGGAUGAUCGAUUGUUUGGUCCGGUAUUGUCCACGAUCCAUAUCUGAUGGAUUUCACGAGUUUUACCCAUUUGCAAAAAUUGGAAAGUCAGUCCCUUCAGUGACUGUAACUGUAUUUGAGAUAUGCUUCGUUUUACUGCUGUCCGAAAAAGUGCAUACUUUAUGUUCCAUACCAAAUCAGAGUGCUGACUUGUGUGUGGGACUUUGUUAACAUAUUGAAUACACUAAUGGACUAUCCUUUCCGAGCCUUAUUUAUUUGAAGAUUUUGAUGCACAUUGCUAGAAUGUGGGUGUUCAGUUCCUAUUAAUUUUAACACUAGUGUCCCUGUCCUGGCCAGAAAAAGAUCCAUGUACUGUACAAUUGUAAACCAAGCGACACUACUUGCGUUAAAGUGGAUCAUAAUUAGAAGAGAAUCUAGUUUGGACACAAUUGUGCUGUCUGUACAUAUUGUAGGCGCUGCAUAAACUAUAUGCCUGAGGAAUAAAGCACAGAUGCUCAAGCUUUACCACGACUUGUUCUUUUCUUGGCCUGUGUUAAAGUGGAUCAUACUGUACUUAACUUUGUGAACUUGUUAACAGUAUCUCUUUUUCCUGAUCAUCCUUUUCGCAGGAUUAGGAACGCGUCAAUUUUCCACCUACGAGCUGUUGACACCUACCACCUAUCUUCAAGGCCAUUGGAAAUUGCUCAUCGCCAUGUUGUAAGUCUCCCCUUCUCAUUCGUUUCCUUAGUGGGCAUCCUCAAAGAAAAAAAGUAGAACAGGCACUAUGCCUAAAAGCUAAGGAUAGCCAAGAAAGAUGGAGAAUAGCUGUAUCUAUAGAAAUGUCGAUGAGAUUCUUCCCCUUAUGUUGUGCACCAUAUACUCUUUACCGAAAAUAAUCACUGUUUUUUUUUUAUAGCUGCAUGAGGACAUUGCAUCAGCACAUGUAAUCAAUAUGUCCGUCCUGUUCGAGAGUUGUACCUUAAGUUAGCGAGUGAGUGUUUGUUUGCGAUGACCUGUUUUUUUCCCUAGAGAAUGCCCGCUUUUCCAGCUUCAUCAUUUGUAUCGACUUGAGUUGAUCAUAGAAGUUACAUUCUCCAUUACUGUGAUUCAUUUGGUGUUAAGCGCGGGCUGUUUCCCACUGGCCACGCGACACUAAAGUUGUCGAACGAAAUCGAACUACCACGAGCAUGUUUUCUCGAGCAUUUUGGCGGCCUUUUGUUGUUUACGAGGAGCCUUCCUGGGUACAUGUUAUCAGGGAAGCGAAUCUUUGUUGUUGGAGGAUUACCUUUAGAGAGGCUGCACAAAUAUUCGAUAGUAACUUCCCUUUUUCAAAAGGUGAAAGAAGCUAAGUUGGUUCUCACUGCGCUCCCAGUACACGAUGCUUCUCCUUAAUUGGUUGCUGGAAAGAUUGUGUUGGGAGAGCUAGUGGGUAGAGGAUAGUUUGGACAGAUCACCUGCCUAAUCAAUCCAAAAAUAAGGCUUUAAUUGGUUGAGCCAAAUUUUAGCCCAACUUGGGUCAACUUGUUAAUAGCCUGACUCGUUUACUAAAAUUUCGGCUCGUCUUUGACUCGGCUUGACUCGUUAACAAGCCCACCAGCUCUUCUCAAAUUCAAGGCUCGUUAGUUAGCUUGUGAGCUCCACUCGAGCUCAUAGAUCAUAUUAUCAGCGUUUGUGAAACUUUACCUUGUUGACAGUCUGUCCAGAAGAAGACAUAGCUCAACCUCGACUUAUUUACGAACCAAUCGAGUGUCAAAAGAGUUUUUCUUAAACUAUUUGUCGAGUUGCUAGUGAGCGCAAUGACUCAGUUCCAACCCUUUUACUGUAAUUACUAAUUCAAACUAGUUAUCCCUCUCUUCAUCGUCAUUUUCGUCAAAUAUUGUAAAAUCCCAACAUAGACACAAAUGGACAGUACUCCAUCAUCAGUUCAUCCAUCUAGUAUCUGUGGGUACUAUCUUCAUGCACACGUGGCAUUUUCUCAUUGGUUGGAGAUGACACCUCACAAUACUCCAUUAGUCCAUCCAUCUAGUAUCUGUGGUGCUAUAUUCAUGCACACGUGGCAUUCUCACAUUGGCUGGAGAUGACACCUCACAACAUUUCCAUGAGAUUUUUUGCACUCUUCAAUCCUAAUUUAUCUUAGCCUCAAAGAAAAUCAAACCUCCAAAAAUCCCCAGCCAAUAAGACUUGGAUAAACAGAUCUUCCUGGAUAAGGACCCACACUCCCCCAAGCCCAAUAUAAAUAUGGACCCAUCAUCGUAAGCCCAAAAUAUCCAAACUCACACAACUCUGCAGGCAACAGACACAGAGCAACACUCUUUACUCUUUCAAGUCUUUAGUUUUUUUGUCUCUCCAUAUCGACAAUGUCUGCUGCAGCCAUGGCGCUCUCCUCCCCAUCCUUCGCCGGCAAGGCGGUGAAGCUCUCCCCUUCCAUCCCCUCCGAGCUCAUCGGCGACGGCCGCGUCACGAUGAGGAAGGCCGCCGCCAAGCCCAAGACCGCUUCAUCCGGAAGCCCAUGGUACGGCCCAGACCGCGUCAAGUACCUGGGCCCAUUCUCCGGAGAAGCCCCAUCCUACCUGACCGGCGAGUUCCCCGGCGACUACGGCUGGGACACCGCUGGCCUCUCCGCCGACCCCGAGACUUUCGCCAAGAACAGGGAGCUCGAAGUGAUCCACUGCAGGUGGGCCAUGCUCGGCGCCCUGGGCUGCGUCUUCCCCGAGCUCCUGGCCCGCAACGGGGUCAAGUUCGGAGAGGCCGUGUGGUUCAAGGCCGGGGCCCAGAUCUUCAGCGAAGGUGGGCUGGACUACUUGGGCAACCCGAGCCUGGUCCACGCGCAGAGCAUCCUUGCCAUUUGGGCCUGCCAGGUGGUUCUCAUGGGCGCGGUCGAGGGCUACCGCGUUGCUGGUGGGCCGCUCGGUGAAGUUGUGGACCCGUUGUACCCGGGUGGCAGCUUCGACCCGUUGGGCCUGGCCGACGACCCAGAGGCGUUCGCCGAGUUGAAGGUGAAGGAGAUUAAGAACGGGCGGCUGGCUAUGUUCUCGAUGUUUGGGUUCUUUGUUCAGGCCAUUGUCACCGGAAAGGGACCGCUGGAGAAUUUGGCCGAUCACAUCGCCGAUCCCGUCAGCAACAAUGCGUGGGCUUUCGCCACCAACUUCGUCCCCGGAAAGUGACGUGGGGGUGUCGAUGUCGGUGAUUGGAGCUGAUAUGUAAAUGUGUUGAAAAUGUUGGAUUUGGAUUUGGAUUUUGGAAAUUUAAGGGUUUGUCCUUCUUGCUUGGUUGUUUCAGCCCCAUGUUUCUAUGGAAAUUGUGAGUUGGUUUAAUGAUUCCUUGGUGUCUUCUGUUGGAAAUGAAUGCAUGGAAAAUUGAUAAUUGUAAAUCAAUCAAUUAAAAAGAUGUGAUUUCACGAUAAAUUGAUCGUCCGGAAUAGUUUGUUUUUCGAAAUUGAAAGAUCGCAUUUUAGGUGAGAUUUGGCUACUCAACCGUUGAUGGACUACGUGAAUCCUUUAAGAUUUGGCUACUCAUUGUGUAACUAACUAACUAUGGUUGGUUUUUUCAAUUUUGAAUUGGAGUAUUGUGUUGAAUACAUCUAUUGCUGAAGUGUAUUGUAGAUUACAAUGAUAGGUAGUCUUGAUUGUGUUCUCAAUAAUUAAAAAUAAAAUUAAUUUUUUAGCAAAAAUGUCACUUUCUAAAUGAAAAAAAACUGGAAAAUAAAAGAUACAGCAAUUUCAACUGAACAAUCCCUAAAAAUCACAGUUAAAAAAUAAGAUUGCACAAUCAUGCAUUUCGAAUUAUUGUUUAGUUCACAUCUAGCAAACAAUAUAUCUAGUAUGUGUACAUAAAAAUAAUAACAAAUAAUACAUUGCAAAGAAUGCAAGCAUUGUAACAAUCUCAUUAAAAUAACACAGUCACAAAAUUUCUCAUUUUAAAAAAUAGAUUGCAAUGUGAAAAAAAUAUCACGACGGUGAGAUUGUGAAAUUGUAAAAAUGGUAAAAAAAUAAAUAUAUAGAUUAAGGGUUAUGUUCAUUCUCAUAGAAAAAAUUGUAAAUCAUUCGAAAUUUUGUUCAUUCUCUCAUUUUCAAUUGUAGAUUGCAUAAAAAAAAAGUAAAAAUUUUGUUCAUUCUCAUCAUCCAAUUAAGGGUAGGGAUGACAAAAAUAUCCGUAACCGUGGAUAUCCGCCCAAAUCCGGCUUAGUCGGGUAGGGUAAUACCCGAACCCGAAGGACAUUUAGUGGGUAUGGGUAAAAUCUGAACCCGAAUAUUGUGGGUAAUGGGUGGACAUGGGUUUCUUACUAUCCAACCCGAACCCUCCCGAUUAUAUACAUGCAUAUGUAUUUCGUCUAGAAAUAAUCAUUAUUUUUCUCUAACAUAUUUUAUAUUUAGCAUAUAAAUAUAAUAUUUUCAUGAAA